AUGUUCAACGAGAUUCGGAAUCAGCUUCACAAUCUUCACCACCGAGGAGACAAUAACAAUGACACUCCUCCUCCCAUCCCACCGCGUCCUGCUUUUAUCGACGCUCAGGCCCAGGCGGCCAUGUCCAUGAAGUCUGCUCCUCAACCACAUUCAAGACCAAGUUCCAGUGGUCCUCCUGGUCCUUCAAGAUUCAAUGGUAAUCCUUUUGUGCCCAUUGGCACGCCAAUUUCAGACGUAUUCCAACGCAAACCACAUCCACUGCCUUUCCAACAUGGCUCACAAUGUGCUGUCCAGACUAACAAGUUUUAUGCCAAUCUGUUUCUAGAUCAGAAAACUCUCCCAGCUUUUCCUCAUCCCUAUGCUGUCUGGUGGUCGAAAACUCCUGAUCUAUUAGGGUUUGCAGUUUCUCAUUGCACUGAGAGCCAAAGGGUAUUUGGCAAUGAUCCCAAUGAUGAUCCAGCUCAAUACUAUUUCAAUCCAGCAGGAAUUCAGUCAGCUAAUCUCGGUGCUUGUGAGUUCAAUCAGGACAAUGUUACACUUUCUACAGACUCUUAUACACCCCUUUCAGUUAGCGUCACCCUUGCUUUGACAAGCAACAAUUCGAGCAGAAUUGAUAUCCCACUGGCGUCUGGAAUUGGAUUCAUUACUGGUAUUUAUCGAAACUUGACUCCUCAAAUUCAAUCUCUGGUUGGGUUUCAAUCAGUUGAACCAGCUCCCUGUCCAAUAAAUGGAAUUGACAAGUAUACACUUCGUUUAUUUAACGGUGUGAGUUGGGUAUUAUAUGUGUCGGCUGCCAAUGGCCAUGAUCAAUUGCCCAAAUUUUCGCUUAGAGAUAACAAUCACCUUGUAGCUAAUGUCAGAGUAGGGGACAUUGGCAUAGUUGUUCAAGUCGGAUCUUGCCCUCAAGGAGCCGAGAACGUAUAUGACGAUGCAGCAGGUGCUUAUGCUGUUUCUGCUGAACUACAAGGCAAUAUUUUCAAUGAUGGUAGCAAAGGCAUGUAUAAAAUUCAAUACCACGUACAAGGUCGUAGUAGAGCGGGUCAAAAGACUCUUAUUUAUGCUCUACCUCAUCAUGUUGAGUCUUUCACACAAGCGACUGCCUCGACUAGAACAAAUAUUUUAUUAGAUUCUACUACCAUGGGCAAAAUGACUGCAUGUGUUACCGACAAUCUCGAGAUGGAGGAAGAUUUGCCAAAUUUUAUAGGUUUCUUGCCGUGGGCGCAAAAUAUCACCAACAAAUCAGAUGCAAAUUUCGAGUUUGGCAAGUAUAGUUCGGAAGACCUAGAUCUCUUGAGGAGAACAGCGGAACAGGAGCUCGAGCAAGAUAUGAAGGGUCAAGGCUGCUUGGACUCCAUGUAUUUCAGUGGUAAAGGAAUUGACAAGUUUGCAUUUGUUCUGAUUGUCGCUAAAUAUAUUCUUAAAGAUGAUGCUCUUACUCAAAAGGGAUUGACGAAGUUAAAAGAUGUUUUUGCAGUAUUUUCUAGGAACCAACAACAGAACCCGUUAGUAUACGAUACCACAUUCAAGGGAUUAAUUUCUGUUGCUGGUUACAACGAUCCUAACGCCGACUUUGGAAAUACUUACUAUAACGAUCACCAUUUCCAUUAUGGAUACUUCUUCCAUGCUGCUGCAGUUAUCGGCCAGUUGGACAAAGAGUAUGGCGGUAAUUGGAUCAACGAAAACAGAGUAUAUGUGAACUCUCUACUACGUGAUACAUCUAAUUACGGAGAAGACAAGGAAUUUCCCAUUUCGAGAUCUUUUGAUUGGUUUGUUGGCCAUUCCUGGGCAAAGGGGCUGUUCCUCUCAGGCGAUGGAAAAGACGAGGAGUCGACGUCAGAGGACUAUCACUUUGCAUAUGGUGUUAAACUGUGGGGAUUAGUCUCAGGAGACGCUGCUAUGGAAAGUCGUGGCAACCUGAUGAUUGCUAUCAUGAGAAGGGCUAUGAACAAGUACAUGCUAUUCGAAGACGAUAAUUGCAUCCAGCCUAAAAAGGUACUCAAGAAUAAAGUUAGUGGGAUUACUUUCGAGAACAAGAUUGACCAUGCAACAUAUUUUGGUAUGAAUCCAGAGUAUGUACAAGGUAUUCACAUGAUCCCAGUAACUCCAGUAUCGUCAUAUGUGAGGAGUCCCAAGUUUGUCAAAGAAGAAUGGGACCAGAUAAUUCAGCACAUAGUAGAUAAGGUCGACAGUGGAUGGAAGGGAAUUUUGAUGAUCAAUCUCGCACUGUUUGAUCCCAAGGCGAGUUACAGGUUUUUCAGCACCAACUUCAAUCCCCAGUGGCUAGAUGGAGGUAUGUCGCUCACAUGGUGUCUUGCAUUUGCAAAGGGAGUCUGUUAA